AUGCGCUUCUUCGGUCUGAUUUUGCUGGGAUGCCUAUUCAUCGCCUCAGUUUGUGGAGUGCCCACCGCUCUUGUAAAGAGAGAAGCUCCAUUACAGACUUAUGGAGCCCCAUCUUCGAGUUAUGGUGCUCCUAGCGAUACAUAUGGUGCCCCAUCUCCACCAUCAAGUAGCUAUGGUACUCCUUUUGGAAGUGGUGGUCAUUCCUCUAGUAGUUCAGGACUCUCUAAUUCAUAUGGAGCACCCGCCCCUUCAUAUGGAGCACCAUCUUCUUCAUACGGAGCACCGUCUUCUUCAUACGAAGCGCCAUCUUCUUCAUACGGGGCACCAGCUGCCCAAUAUGGACCUCCAGCCCCUUCUUACGGUCCACCUGCUGCCGCCCCAGCUCCUCAAUAUGGCCCUCCGGCUCCUGAGUAUGGACCCCCAAAGCCUUCUGGAUCUUGGCAAAAGAAAAUGUCGUGGAAGUCUGAAUGGGUUAAAAUUUGGAAAACUGAAACCAAAAUGACUUGGAAGAAAGAAUGGAAAAAAGUGAAGGUACCAGCAUGGAAAGAAGUUCAAGUGCCAGCUUGGAAAGAAGUUCAAGUACCUGUUUGGAAGAAGGUCCAAAAGCCCGAAUGGAAAGAAAUUCAAGUUCCUGCUUGGAAAGAAAUUAAAGUAUCUGAAUGGAAAAAAGUAUGGAAACCAGAAUGGAAGAAUGUUCAAACUUCAGAAUGGAAAGAAAUUCAAGUGCCUGAAUGGAAAAAAGUCUAUAAACCAGAAUGGGUGAAAAUUGGAAUUCCCGGAGAAAAGCAUCUUGGUACUGACGCAAAUGGUUGGCAAUAUACUAGUCACGAUCUUUGGAAAAAGAAGCUGAUUUGGAAACCAGUUUGGAAGAAAAUUUGGAAAACUGAAAAGAAGCAAGUGUGGAAGAAUGAAAAGAAACUUGUAUGGAAAGAAGAUUGGCAGAAAGUUUGGAAAACUGAGAAAAAACAAGUAUGGAAUACUGAAAAGAAAUUAAUAUGGAAAGAACAGUCUGUCCAGGCUACUGAAACUCAUAAGAAACAAAUUUGGGUUACGGAGAAAAAGGAGAUCUGGAAAGAAGAAUGGAAGAGCCGAUGGGUACCAGAAAAAAAAGAAGUUAAAGUGCCAGCAUGGAAACAAAUUUGGAAACCCGUUUGGGAAAAAGUGUGGGUGCCAGAUAACAGCCAUCAUGAAGAAAAUCAUGAUCAAGGUUACAAAUACUAA